AUGAGAAGGGUCUGUAACUUCCCAACCACUCAUCAUCAUCACCAAAGAUUUUCAAAACACGAAAACAACGCCAGCUUUCACAACUAUCGCAAUAAUCCAGACACAAUGUCCAUUACAUCAUCACCAGCGUCAAACCACAACUCACCGUCGUCGCUCUUACUGGCACAAAUUCAAGCUCGUAGACUACAUCAACAACAAGCAUACCGAUCAUGGUCAGAUACAAAUCGUCAAGACGUAAACGAAAAUAACUCCACGAAACACAAUCAAAGUCAAUCUUUUUUGGGUAAACAUCGAUCAAAUCCGUCAACGCCCAACAUGAAUAUGAAGUUCAAAUUCAAUCCAAAAGAAACAAGUGGGGGACACACUAACAAUGACAUCAAUUUAUCUCAGCUCCUAACCAAUGAACAUGAGCAUGUGGAGAGUCUAUGGAAAUUGUACAACAAGGCAAGGGAUUCGUUACCAUACAACACUAGAAUGGAAAAUCUAACUUGGAGGAUGAUGCAUCUCACGAGUAGUUCAAGUUAUAAUCGAAAAAGAGUCAAAACAAGGGAUUGUCGUGAUGAGUUUAAAACAAAGAAAACUAAUGAUGUUGCCUGGAGUAAUGGUGUUGACGACUUGGAUAUAUUCUGCAACAAGAAUACAAAAUCAGACUCGAUGAACCAACACGGUAUGCUGACACCACUGUUACAAUCACCAGAACAAGUAAAUAACCCGUCCCAGUUGUACCACAGUCAACACCAAUCACUUCAUGAUGCAGCUACUGCGUCAACAACGUCCUUUUCACCAAGAACUGGACAUCCACAUUUCAAAUCCGAUAAUGUGAUUACUGAUGAUGAGUUCGACUAUGUGGCUCAUAUCAAAAAACUAGGAGCUACACAUUUUGCUUCACCUAAUAGAGACAACAGAGCCAAUAGAACUCCAGAUGAUUAUGUUUCAGGUGGAAUGACAUCAAUUAGUAAUGUUCCAAGAAAACGUCUGGCUCAAUUCUCACCUAUGUUUUCGGGUAUGGGGACUCUGCAAAAUGGUAGAACGAUUUCCAACUUAUCUCAACAAUUGCAAGAUUAUGACAAGUUUGGUCUUGAUUUUUUGAAUCAACCUCAGGAGCAGGGAUCCAUUCACCAAAAUGGCAAUGCUCACAAUUUACAAUACCCACAAGCAACUUCAUCAUCGUUUGAAUUUUCAUUAGACCCAUUAGCUUUUGAAGGGCCAAAUGAGAAUUUUCGUGACGUCAAUGUCAAUUCGAUUCCCGAUAGUUUUGCAUCAUCUUAUGAAAAGCCUUUAUUUGAUGAUUUUGCACCGUCAUCUGCACCUAAUAGUGGUGUUGAAUCCUUGUCAUCUUCGCUUUCGACGAUAAUACCUUCGAGUACUCAGUUUUCCUCAAUAAAUCAGCAACCAAUGUCGGUAAACCCAAGAAGGUCAAUCACUGCAACUCCAUCUAAUCUACUACGCCAAGAAUCACUUGUAUCGUUACCAGAGUUUGCUGAUAUUCACAACAGUUUUCAAAAUCAUUUAAGUCAUAACGACACAUUCAUCAAUAGAUCAACCAUGGUCACCCCUAUACAACAAUUUUCACGAAGCCUAAACCAAAAUGAAUCCUUUCUAAACUCGUCAUCAAUGAACCACGUUGACAUCAAGGUGACGUUACCUAGCCAAUCUGGCCACAAUUUUUUUGAUGAUAAUAAUGCACCUUCUCCCGACAAGAAACCAAGAAAACCCAAACUGGCCAAACAAGGGAAUCGAAAUAAAAACCAAUCAGAUGCAAAUGGGAGUGAACAUGACUCAGGACGGGGAUCUACGAGUGGCGCUUCUGCAAGUGGACCAUCUUGUACAAAUUGCCACACAAAAACAACACCACUUUGGAGACGUAAUCCAGAAGGUCAACCACUAUGCAACGCUUGUGGACUAUUUUUGAAAUUGCAUGGUGUCACACGUCCACUUAGUCUCAAGACCGAUAUCAUUAAAAAACGUCAACGGACAGUGGUCAACAAAAAGGACGAUAAUGAUGGGGAUGAUUUGAACCCCACUUCGUUGAAGAAGGAUGAUCGGAAAUCGAGUAAUGCUUCAGCAGUAAGGAAGAUGCGCCGACCCAGUAUCAAAAGAAGCAAGUCGAGUACCAAAGUUCCCGAGAGUAUAUUGUCGAGAAAUUUGACUCACUCGUUAUCAAGCAGUCCUGUCACUGUAAACAACUCGUCAUUUGCUAAUGCUCCGCUGCAAAAGUUGUCCUAUAAUGAACUGGUUGUUGAUAAUUCCGGGUUAAGUAAUGAUUAUGAUUGGCUAAGAUAUUAA